UAUGGAACAAGUAUUCUAUCUUUUCUAUAAUUCAGUUAGUGGAGGUAAUAGAGGACAAUAAUUUGUGCAAUAUGAUGUAAAUGAAUUGCAAUUUAGUAUUUAGCAAUAAGAUUUGACUUUUGAGACUAAACCCAAAAAUGCAAGAGUCAAAUUCUUUAAUAUCUAUGAACUUGCCUCGAGGAAUAAAGGAUUUGAUUAAAUCAAACAACAAUAACAAAAUGACACUUAUAUAGUUAUGGCAGGUGGAGAUGGUUCAAUUAUGUGGAUUGUAGGAUUAUUAUUAUAAUACUAAAUUGAUCUAAAUAGAUGCAUUAUUAUUCCAUUCCCAUUCGGAACUGGAAAUGACUUUGCUAAUAGUUUAGGUUGGGGAACCACUGUGCCAGCUGAUGUCAUUGGAAAAAACAAUAAGGUUUUGCAGAACUAUGUGGAAUAAUGGCUCAUUGGUGCUGAAUCCUUCUUUGAUGUGUGGGAUGUCGAUAUUGUACUUAAGAAAGUAUGUCUCCUACUUAUUUAAGGAUGGAUUCAUUAGUGAAAUCAAAAGGCAUUCAAAUAGUGUGGGAGAACUCAAAAUUUAACUAAAAGAUUGCAAAUUCAAUAAGCCAAUGAUCAAUUAUUUUAGUAUAGGAGUUGAUGCUAGAAUUGGUUAUGGAUUUGAUAAAAAUAGAACAGCCUACUAAUGUUGUAACAAAGUUGUCUAUUGUUGGGAAGGUUUCAAGAAAAUGUUUUUAAAAACACCCAAGAUGAAUUAAUCAAUUGAAACUUUGGAGUAUUUAGAUGAUAACGAUGAUAUGUAGAACAAAUUGUUAUUUAAAACAUAAGAAAAUGCUGGAUAAAGGGAUUCAAUAACCAUUCCUGGCAAUCCUAUCAAUUUAUUAUGUUUAAAUAUCAAUUCAUACGCAGGAGGAUUAAAAAAUAUUUGGAUGAAUGCAUAAUAUGAAGAGGGUUAUAAAAAAUAUGAUUUUCAUCCUCCUUCAUUUUCUGAUGGAGUCUUAGAAUUUUUAUCAUUUAAUUCUAUUUUAGGAAUUGGAUCUGAAAGAAUUUUACCAGGUCAAGCAACUAGAUUAAGUUAGACCAAAGGACCAAUCAAAUUAAAUUUUAAAAAGAAUGAGCCAUUAAGAACUUAUUUCUAAAUAGAUGGACAAUAUUAUUCAAUUACAAAUCCAAUUUCUGUUUCAAUAAGAUCAUGUUAACAACUAUCCCAUGGUAAAAUUAGAGUUUUAAUAAAUAAACAAGGAAUAGUACAAUGA